AUCAUCACCAUCAACUAAGGCACACCGAACGGCGGUGUGUGGUGCCGCGAAAGAGUAGGCACGACACGAAAUUAAUUGAAAUAGUAGUGACAAUAAAUCCGUUCCGAUUGUGGCAAUUGGCUGUUGGGGGCGAGCGUCAUGGCCACGGCAAAGAAGGAAAUGGAAGAGCCGGAGGACAACACCGAGCUAGAUCCAAGGAUUCAGAUUGAACUGGAGAAUCUCAACACGUCGACAGAUGAUAUUAACAAGCUGGAAAUAGAAUUAGAGGAAGCCAACUCCACGUUUCGAAUACUGAUGAACGAGUCGACCCGUCGGCUGAAACUGUCAUCGAAAAAGCUCGGAAGCUGCAUCGAGAAGGCCCGGCCGUACUAUGAAUCCCUCGAGAAGGCAAAGGUGGCGCAGCUGGAGUGUCAGGCGGCCACGCUCAAGUACCAGCGGGCGAACGAAAUACAUGCGGCCGCCAAGGAAACGGUGGCCCUUGCCGAGCAGCGGUUCAUGAGCAAUUCGCACGAAUGGCAGUUCGAUAAUGCCUGGCAAGAAAUGCUGAACCACGCCACGAUCAAGGUUAUGGAUGCAGAGAAACAAAAGGCUGAAAGUGGCGCCGAACACCACCGAAAGGCGAAGGUGUUUGAAGAAGCGGAAAAGAAAGUACAACAGCUGGAGGAACGGUAUCACCGAAGUAUUCUAAAAUCUCGGCCCUAUUUCGACGAGAAGCAGCUCUGCCAGGAGCAGCUCGAGGCGCAGAAGGGCCGCAUCCAGCAGCUCGAGCACCAGAUACAGGCGGCCAAGUCGGCGUACAAUACGGCGCUGCGUAACCUGGAGAAGAUCAGCGAAGAGAUCCACCAGCAGCGCGGUGAUCUGAGCCAAGCGGCCCCAUCCGGUCCCCGUGAACCGGGUGUCGGAGCGGAGCUGGCCAACAUUGUACCGACGGCAAACGGUUGCGUCAGCGGCAGCAACAGUACCGGCCAUUUCCAUCAUCCCUACAGCAGCAGUAGCGCCGCGAUGCCGGACAUUUCGAGCGAGCUGGACAAAUGCGAGAUCCACUCGGUCGGCAGUGCGUCCGUCGCGACCAGUUCGGCCGUGAGUGAGAAGGAUCCAACGGAGGACGAUUACGAUUACCCGAUGCUGAACGAAGACGGUGAGAUGAUGGCCGGCGGGUCCGGCGGCGGCGCCACUGACGUCGAUCACAAUCUGGAGCUACUGCGGCAGAAGGUGCGCACCUUGGCCGUGCGUCCCGUGGAGGGUGGCGAUGGUCAGCAGCAGGAGCAGGACGUGUGGGAGCACGAGCUGAAUGCGACGGUCGACAAGCUGGACCAUCUGAUGAUGCUCCGCGAGUGUUCACGGAGCAGUGGCACCUUCGGAAAGGCACGUGACAACGGUACGUCACCAGCCUCUGGCGACCACGGUACCGGGGCGGCCACCGGGUUUAGCAGCUUGCCAACGACCCCGAAACACCAUCAGCAUCACCACCAGCCGCACCAACAUUACCAGCCGCACCAUUACCUGCACUCCGGAUCAUCGCUCGCGUCGCCCGCAUCGCCGGCCAACGAGCGGGAGACGAUCAAGAUGUUCAAAAAGCUCGAUCCGCUGCCACUGGCCAACGUGUCGAUGUACGCGCUUCCAACGUACCUUAGCGAGGGGUGCAGUGCCGGUGCCGGCACCAACCUUCUUACGCCCAUCUCGGUCGCCUCGGCAACCGGGGCCGGUGCAGAGCUUCCCGUUGUUACCGCACGCGCCGAAUCGGCCGUGGUCAAACUGAAGCGAAAGAUGUCGAUGUAAAACGCGGACAGUUUGUAAGGGUUGGGUAUCAGAGUAUAUUGUAAAAGGUUCGUCCACGCGACAGUCGUCGAUCGUGGAGCACCACAAGAGGGGGAUAGCCGUGGCCUUUGUUCUUCCCUCCGUGAGGGGGUGCCGACAUGUUUUUUUUUGUUUCGUUACGACAUAAGAGAUCCAGAUAUACUACUAAUGAGUACACACAUAUAUUUACUUAGCUCUAGGAAGAGACCGGAGAUCAAAUUAGUGUUGCUAUCAGGGCGCAUGGUUCAUUUCUAGCCCCCGAGUCUAGUUCUCCCGGUUGUGUGAUUGUGCCGCAAUCACGAAGGUUGGCGUUCAAAACAGUUAAACGGAUCACAAGCAGAAACGCAGAGCUAUUAGAGUAAAGAGUUUCGUUGCGCGGUUCGGCCAGUAAAGCUCCACGGCAACGAGCAGCGUGAUCGCCAGUUCGAAUAUUCAGGAAACUCCGGCAACAGUUUGGCAUCGCAAGCAAACCACUAGCAUUAUUAGCAAACACACACUGUGAUUAGAAAGAUGCCGCAGCGCAGCGUAGUAGAGUGCAACUAAACUAACUAACUAGAGCUACCCGAGUAUAAUUCAAACGUCUUUAUAGAAAACCGUUUUUAACGUAACAAAGAGCACGUAACCGGUACGGCGCACUCUUUGCCACCACGGAUGAAGGACACUUCCAGGACAUUGGUGUAAUGGAAUGAUGAGGCGCGGGUCAUUGGAUGGAUUUUCCGGCACUUUUCAGUUGGUUUCGUUUGUUCAAUGUUUACUUCGAUCAUGCAACUUUCCUUCAGUUUUCGUCUAGCUCGUUUCCUUAGUUACCUUUAGUUUCUGGAAGGUCACAAAAUGGCCGUUGAUUGUGCCCGCUGAGUUUACGAUUAUUUUUUCGCAUUUAAUGAAGAGCAUCAGCAAGCGUCUUUUUUUGCAUUUCUUUUUCUUCGUUCGUUAUACUUUGCGAAUUUUAUUCCCUUGAAGUACUUUGCGUUGUGUCCAAUGACGGCGACAUCAUAGCACCCCUGGAGUCGCAGCAAGUGUCAGAAGUGUUUGAAAGCAUCACACGGAUCAGCCCAGCCCACAGACCUUUUAACGAACAGUUCAUUAGUAGACCCGAUUGCGGUGCGGUUGAGCGAAUCCACGGUACAAACGAGCCGAGAAAAGGGGG